ACUAAAGUCCAUGCCAGCGUCGUUUUCGUUUAUUUUAGGCUCAAAACGUUCUGCUGUGAUAGUUAAAAUGUACAGCGCUCUACUGGCAAGUCUACUUAUAAUAGGUUUAUGUUAUGGGAAAGUGGAUAGUCAGUCGUCAUUCGCUGAAACAGUCAAAUCUUACGUGAAUGACACUCUGGGGGCUGCGAUAAUGCAGAAAAAAAUGAACGAUGUUCAAACGUCAGAGAAAGCUAUUGAUUCGCAACCGCUCCUUCGUAAAAUCGAAGAAGACAUUUCCCAUAAAUUGUCAAAUUUAGCUGAAUCAAUGACAAAAUUGAGGGAAUCAUUGGAAAUCAAAACUCCAACCAAAUCUGAAAUCAAACUUCGAGACUGUUGUAAAGUAGCAUACAGUUGGGAAGAAGGCCAACACAAGAUUGACAACACUUCCUACUGUCUAAUGCACAACGAGAAAGAAUCUGCUGCCGAUCUGGAAACUGACAAUUUGUUGACUGCGGCUGCACACAAUCGACGUUCUUAUCCUGAAAUAGGAUACCAAAGAUAUCGAGGAAUUAAUGGGGCGAUAUUACAAUAUCCAGCUUAUUAUGGAGACAUUUUUUGUGAGAAAUCUGAUGAUUUUGAAUCGUUUGCAUCUUCAUUUUUCUCGACUGCUAAAGACUUAGUUAUCGUCAUGGAUGGUGAUCUGUUGCAGCAGCACAGACCAGAAAUGAUGGAUGCGGUCGAAUAUGUUUUCAAAGCCGUUAACGUUGCAGACAACAUUGCUUUUGUGGUUUAUUCGUCUGAUGUGGUGACUCUCUCUAAUGGACCAAACGGUGCAAUAAAAUGCAAAAACAAAGAAAUGGUUUCAGCUACGCACAAAAACGUAGAAGCGAUUUUAGCCUGGUUAAAAACUACAGAACGUAAAAGUGGAAAUGCUAAUUUUAGCAAAGCUCUGAAUGCAGCAUUUGACUAUCUUGAAAACACAAGAAGCACGAAUAGAAAAAUGAUAUUAUUUGUCAGUGGCUCCCAACACGAGGAUUCCAAAGACGAUAUUCUACAGACAGUUUCCGAUAGAAAAUCAAAUUUUCAGAAUUCGGUGAAUAUUCUAACUUAUGGCGUUAAAAAUCCAGCAAGUAAUGACGUUCUACAGGAAAUUGCUGAAUUGAAUGAACCUGACACCGGAAAGCAUUUCUCUUAUGUGAAAGAGACAGAUCAUUUGAUAAAACACUUGUCAUUUGAACAUUUUCCUUCAUCAAGCGAAAAUGAGAUUCAAUGGAAAUGGCCAGAAUUAAAUAAGCUUUCCGAUGGUGAAAUCGUGGUGACUGCUUUGCAAUCAGUCUUUGUUGAUGAUAAGUUGAAAGGCGUUAUUAGCGUUGACAUCUUAUUGCAAGUUCUGAUAAGUGAAGUCUUAAACUUCGAAGUACAAGGAGACGAUGCAUAUGUUUUUGUCAUGGACAAAAAUUUUAACGUUAUUUACCAUCCUUUCAUUUCUUAUUCUUCAAAACGUGAAUGGUCGGACCGAAUUCUCAAUAUUCGUGAACUAGAGAAAAGCGAUGAUUUACAAACACUUCUGUCUAAAAUACAAGAAAACCAAGAUUCUGAGAGUGUUUCCUCGGAUCGAGUUAUCACUGUAUCAAUGAAAACAACAUGGAGGACGCUAAAGGAUAAAAUAAAUGCUGACUACUCUCUCUAUAAUUCCAAAGUAACGUGCACAUUGACAGAUUUCAAACUUUUCACGGUUUGUCUAAACGUAAUAGAUGGCGCCGAGAAGACGGUUCAUGUAAAAGGUGUAACCGUUCCAGAAGAAUUUCAAUUUCAUUACCACAGGAUAGAUUUCAGUGACAAUCCCGAAGGUGACUGCAGUCAUUUAAAAAACACAUCAUUCCUUGGAACAGCAGUUUAUCUUGCUCCAAAAGCAUUUGUCAAUCCUGACAGAUAUUUGACCGAAGACGAAGAUCCAAGCCGCAUUGAAAAAUAUGCAAAAGACAUCCAAACACAGAGUGGAAAUAUAAUCACUGAUUCUGCAAUCCAGGAUAUCUUUUUGACGUUUGGUUUAGAGGAGCACUGGUUCGAAUCUGAUGAGAACGAAAAUCUAUUCAAAUCUCAGAUUGCCUCACAUGUAAUAUGGAAAUAUAUUGGAACCAAAAAUGGAGUGCUCCGUAUAUGGCCUGGAGUUCCAACUUUCUAAGGUGA